UCUUCGUGGAGUCUCGCAACCUGUCGGAUCUCAGCUGUCCCCUCGCAUUGAGAGUUGAGUUGAGAGGAUUUGACAGAUUAGAUUGGACCGAUUUGGUUUACGCUUCACUGCUAUCUGGACGCGGACGACACAAUGCGGGCAGCUUUUUUGCCUCUGUCCAUUUUAAUAUUCUGCUUGCUGGUCACAGGGGCUCCAACCGGUCAGCAAAAUGUAAACCUUUCCAUUCAGCGAACUCAAAGGGAAUCAGCUCCAGAGGGUGUACAGAUAAGUGCAGUAGUGUCACAGGGAAAUGUACCUCAAAGUAGUGGAUCAGACAAAGAUAAAGAAGGUGGAGAGGCAAAUGCAGUAGUGUCACAGGGAAAUGUACCUCAAAGUAGUGGAUCAGACAAAGAUAAAGAAGGUGGAGAGGCAAAUGCAGUAGUGUCACAGGGAAAGGUACCUCAAAAUAGGGGAUCAGACAAAGAUAAAGAAGGUGGAGAGGCAAAUGCAGUAGUAUCACAGGGAAAUGUACCUCAAAGUAGUGGAUCAGACAAAGAUAAAGAAGGUGGAGAGGCAAAUGCAGUAGUGUCACAGGGAAAGGUACCUCAAAAUAGGGGAUCAGACAAAGAUAAAGAAGGUGGAGAGGCAAAUGCAGGAGUGCCACAGGGAAAGGCAACUCAAAGUAGUGGAUCAGACAAAGAUAAAGAAGGUGGAGAGGCGAAUGCAGUAGUGUCACAGGGAAAGGUACCUCAAAAUAGGGGAUCAGACAAAGAUAAAGAAGGUGGAGAGGCAAAUGCAGUAGUAUCACAGGGAAAUGUACCUCAAAGUAGUGGAUCAGACAAAGAUAAAGAAGGUGGAGAGGCCAAUGCAGGAGUGCCACAGGGAAAGGCAACUCAAAGUAGUGGAUCAGACAAAGAUAAAGAAGGUGGAGAGGCAAAUGCAGUAGUGUCACAGGGAAAGGUACCUCAAAAUAGGGGAUCAGACAAAGAUAAAGAAGGUGGAGAGGCAAAUGCAGGAGUGCCACAGGGAAAGGCAACUCAAAGUAGUGGAUCAGACAAAGAUAAAGAAGGUGGAGAGGCGAAUGCAGUAGUGUCACAGGGAAAGGUACCUCAAAAUAGGGUGUCAGACAAAGAUAAAGAAGGUGGAGAGGCAAAUGCAGUAGUAUCACAGGGAAAUGUACCUCAAAGUAGUGGAUCAGACAAAGAUAAGGAAGGUGGAGAGGCAAAUGCAGUAGUGCCACAGGGAAAGGUACCUCAAGAUAGCGGAUCAGACAAAGGUAAAGGCAACCUACUAGGAAUGACGGAGGAGGAAGAAAGCAGUCACUUCUUUGCUUACCUUGUCACUGGAGUUGUCCUGGUAGCAGUGCUCUACAUCGCUGUCCACAGCAAGCGCAAGAUUAUUGCCUUUCUUUUGGAGGGAAAGAAAUCCAGAUCCGCACGUCAACACAAAUCCACAAAUUACCAGAAGCUGGAGCAGCAGAUGUGAUCCAAAGCUGCCCGGAGGAGCUGAGAAAACACCUUUAACAGGUGGUGGAUACAAGUAACGGAUCUGCACUUCAUAAAAUGACUUGUUAAACUGACAGCGCCAUAUUUUUCACUUUUAAAUGUUUGUCGCAUUACUAUGCAGAUGACAGCAUUGCCUUAUUCAGAGGGUGGGAGGGCGGAUAAAAUAAAUAAAUAAAAAAUAAGUGAGGUAAGCUUGUGGUAUUUUUGCACUUAAUUUUCUGAUGUUUAAUGCAAUCUGGCCUGAGGAAGGUCCUGACUCAGGAUUUUUUAGUAGCAGAUUAGAUGUCUGAAUUUCUGUCUUUACAAUAUAGAUUUCAAUGGGUAUCUGAAAAAGCCAUCACAUAAUGUGUUGCUGUGUAAAUGUCUUAAUUUGUACUAUUUCCUUGAAAGCAAUCAUAUCUGUAGCUGCUAUUGAAAUGUUGUCAGUUCAGUGAACAUGUGGCUGGCCAGCAAUUCUGUGCUCAGUUUCUUCUGUUGUUUUGUUUUUGUUUUUUCUGGCUUGUACCACUUGAUUGGAUGGGCCUGUUGUCCACAGUGUUUUGGUCUCCAUCUUAAACUGCAUUUGACUGCAACCUCUUUGUCUUGGUUGGCACACUUGACCACUUAAAUAUGAAGUUGGAUCUUGUCUUUGGUGUAUUUUUUUUGUACUUGUAAAAUCUGCCAUUUCUGUGCCAAAUUGUUUGAAAAUAUACUGUAAUUUAUUGUGUGGCUGUUAGCGUUUUUUAUUUUUUCUUUGCCACAUACUUAAAGUAAAAAGUUUUUUUCCUAACAUAUUUUGGACAAAUCCAACCACUCCAUUAAAUAUAUAGUUUUAUGGUAAAUUAUUUAAAAUUAAAUACGUUUUUGACCCAUCCUUUUUUUUCACUGUUAGACUAUGCAUCAGAAUUAUUGAACGAUUCAGUGAGUCAGGAGGCACUGCAUAAACAUCCUGCUUUGUUUUUCCAUAUACGAUAUACGCAGUUUGGAGUGCUUCUCUUAAAAUAAAAGCUUUUUGCUAAUUUU